CCGGCGUCAGACGCCUCCCACCACCCACCACGAACGGUACGGAACGGAACGAAACGAGAUCCGGUGCGGCAUUGUAUUUAUUAUUUUUAUUUUUUAUCAAAUCCAAAACAUUCGCAACGAGAGUGCGUCGCUGGACAAACGCCUGCCCUGCCAGCUUAGUUAUUUGGCCAUUUGCGUGCGCGUUUACCUUGGGGCGGUCGGUCUCCAAGUUGGAAUUAUUGUAAUUACCUCUCCUCGACAAGUGUCCGCCACAAACGAAUGAAAUAAAAUUAAAAUAAAACGCAGAAUAAUUACGCUGCAGCUGGAGCUUGGGAAUGGAAAUGUGCGCGCGUCUAAACGGCAAAAAAGCAAAACGGCAACGCUAACGUAACGGCUAAAUAAUCGUAGAAAGUUUUUAUUGUUAUCGCUUCUUCUGAGCCUCCAGUCUGAGCCAGAGUCAGAGCAAGAGUCAGAGCCAAUCCGGAGCUGCCAAAAACCGAAAGCCAAACCAACAAAUUUUUGCGUGCCAACCAAGAAGAAAAGAAAUUCGUUUUGGCCGCAUCUUCACUCUUAAAAACUGGACAGGCGUGUGUGGUGGUUCGCUUUGGUGUUGAAGUUGUUUUGUGGUCAAAGUCAAUAAACCCAGUUAAAUAGCUACGCAAUAGGCCGUAAGAACAACAACAAACAGCCGACAUGUCUGGCCCACUGCCCGAAAUCAGCGAAGAACAGCGAGCUAUACUGGAACAGUUUCGCCAGCAAAUGAACGAUGCCCUGGUGGAUACCCACGACGACUACUUUCUGCUGCGAUGGCUGAGAGCACGCAAAUGGAAUAUGGAUGCAGCGGAGAAAAUGCUGAGAGCCAGCCUCAAGACACGCGCCAUGUGGAAUGUGGACAACAUCGAGAAGUGGGAUCCACCCAAAGCCCUGCAGGAGUAUCUACCCUAUGGACUGAUGGGCUACGACAACGAGGGAUCACCAAUUCUGGUCUGCCCCUUCUACAACUUUGACAUGUGGGGCAUGAUGCACUGCGUCACCCGCUUCGAGUUCCAGAAGUACCUCGUCCUGUUGCUGGAGCGCUUCAUGAAAGUAGCCUAUGAACAGAGCUUGAAGCAUGGAUGGAAGGCCCGUCAACUGGUCGUGUUCUUCGACAUGCAGGAUGUGAAUCUGAAGCAGUAUGCCUGGAGACCGGCUGCCGAGUGUGUGAUCUCCACAGUGAAGCAGUAUGAGUCAAACUUUCCGGAGCUGCUCAAGAUGUGCUACAUCAUCAAUGCCCCGAAGCUCUUCUCCGUGGCCUUUAACAUUGUGAAGAAGUUCCUGGACGAGAACACCACCAGCAAGAUAGUGAUUUACAAGUCAGGGGUGGAUAGAUGGCAGCAGCAGCUCUUCUCCCACGUCGACCGCAAGGGAUUCCCUAAGGCCUGGGGCGGAGAGCUUGUGGACAAGACCGGCGAUCCCCAGUGCAAGUCCAUGAUGAUCUGGGGUGGCAAGCUGCCGGAAGAGCUCUACAUCGACCAGAACAACCAGCAGAGCGACAAAGACUUUACAGAGGCGCAGGUGCCCAAAGGCGACAAACUGAAGCUUAAUUUUAAGGUUAACAAUGAGAAGCAAAAGAUUCUCUCCUGGGAGUUCCGCACCAUCGACUACGACAUUAAGUUCGGCAUUUACAGUGUGGAUGAGGUUUCAGGCGAGAAGCGCAGCGAGGUUCCCCUGGGAACCGUUUACUCCAACGAGAUGGAUGAGAUCGGCUACAUAUCCACGCGUCCAAAUACCACCUAUACCGUGGUCUUUGACAACUCGGCGAGCUACCUAAGGAGCAAGAAGCUGCGCUACUGGGUGGAUCUCAUUUCCGAAGAGGAGGAGGGCAUCUCCGAGCUGACCAACCAGAUGGACCACACACAGAUUGCGGCAAAGGAGUGAAGAGGGAGCGUCCUAGGACCAACAACUAUGCCAAAUACCAAUUGGAAGUAGAUAGAUUUUUAGAUAGACAACACGAACUAACCUCGGUGCAUUAAAGUCACAAAGCCUUGACCAGAUCCGGCUGCCAUCAGCUGCUCUGGCAAAGCUGCAAUCAAACCAUGUGAUAGAAACUAUUAGCAAAGGAACACGAAGUGGACUCACACUUGAACUUAAAUUUAAACUUAGUUAAAGGCGCACUGUUUAUUUAACAAUUUGUAAUCUUCAAUGUAUCUGUAUUUGUAUGCCCAUUUGUUCAGGGAUUACAGCACAAUAAAUGUAUAUAUUUAGCAUUUGACCAUUAAA